UCUCAUCUCAGGCCAGUGUUUUCGACAUAUCGUAGCUAAAGCUGCACUCUAACACGGGAGCCUCCUGAAACGCCUCAACUAAGGCAGGAAAAAAAAAAUAGGACGCUUCAUUGGUUUGCUCUCCGGCGGUGAGCUCAGUACUCACGUGUUCGCACCCAGCUACGUGCCCUUGGUCGCGUACCUCACUCCACUAGCACUGAUGAUCCGACUUGCACCAUUCCCGCCGUUUGUCGUCAGAGUAACUAUACCCUAAUUAUUUGCUUCUGGCGUCGUUUUUGAGAAAUCCUUGAGGCAUCCUGCACGGUCUACCGUUUCUGCGCGUAUGGCCAUCCACGGGCAAGCGAAAUUUUUGUAACUGUGCACAUCGGCUCCGCGGAGGAAGCUGUCUUCUUUUCAUAACCACGUUACAUCAGUCAGCCAGGAGUGCCCAGAAGUGUCCAUCCGUUGUAAUCAUUCCGCACCAUUACAACCUGGCCACGUUGACGAGUCAACCGCAACGAUUAUCAAGACCGGCUGCUCCAAAGCUCGAAGCCAGAUUCAUUCAUACUUUCCCAUUAGCAAAACGUAUAUCCAUACGCUAACGCCACAUUGAUAGAUUAGUGUGUCGAGCUGCAUUUUUUGUGUUUCGCUGCUUUGCCGACGGAGAUUGCUGUGUCAAUAGAUACUUCCAGGUUCAUGCAAGGUGACUGCCCUUCGUACGGCUGUGGGCAGAGAUAACUCAGUUUUGCAAGGUGUUACCGCUCUGCUCUUUUCAUUAACGUGGCUCUUCAUCUUGAAUCAUCGUAAAAAAGAGGCAGCUAGCAGAUACAGAAAAAAAAAGAUAGGAGUUCUGUUUUUUAGGAAUCGCGCACAAUGUUCUUUCUAUCAUCGAUGGGGAAAAGUAGACGGAAAAGCACCACCAUGAGAUUAAUCGUCUUGGCGAUCUGCUUGCUGCUCGAGAUCUCCGCUCGAUGCUCGUUAGCAGAUAACGUUACGGGUGGCGCCGAUGAGGAAUCUGCGCCGUCGACACCAGUGAGAGCAGCUGCCACAGAUGCAGAUAAUAACACUGCUGACAUCACGCAAGGGCUGCAAAACAUGAUGACCAGCCUCUUCGCCAGCAUACCACCGUCUCUGAUACGGAAGCUUAACGGGGCCAACAUUCGGCAACAGUGCAGAUUGGCCCUUCUCCGUACGGUGGCCGCCUUCGAGAAACCGGAGCCAUGGGCACUCAGACUGUUCGACGCUACGGGCAAAUACCCGACGGGCGUGCUACAAGUUACCCGCGUCGACCUAGGAGCUUUCGACGAGUGCCUCGAGACGGAGGUGCGGGACAGCUCUGGAAAUGUGAGCUCACGUGGCCAGUACUGCAAUUUGCAGAUCCAGCCGAAGACGGACGCUCUUGGUCCGAAGGAGAUGGAAUUCGUAUCGGCCAUGGUGCAUCCCAAGAUUCUUGAUUUCAUGGGAGCAGUCAAGGAACAAGAAACACCUUUGAUUCGUAUAGGCAUAUGCUUUCUAGACGACUGCAAUGAAAGUGAUUUGCAAGCACUAGCUGACGCAGUACAACCCCCUAUGGCAGAAAUUCGGGUGUCGAAUUGUGUUACGGCGGAGCCCGAGCCAUGGAGCUCACUUCAAAUCGGAAUUGUGAAUGCUGCUGGAAGUUGUGGUGGCGUUCUCGGCAGCGGCCAGCACACCGCGAAUUGUUUCACGUUGCCGAAAGAACGAAUGCAGACCACUACUCGCUGCGCUUUGUCUACGGCCUGCGGACCAUCAGCAUCGGCCACAUUGUGCUGGGCCAUUCCUUCCAGGUCGUGUCAGACACCUGGGGUGAGUGCACCAUGGCAUUCUUUGCGAGUUUCUCUGUGUGCGGGUUUCCGUGGUUCUUGUUAUUUAUACAUACUGCGGCGCUUGUUUUCUUGAUGUGUAUAGCGCUAUUUCUGGUGCAAACGUAAAAGCGAAAGCACCGCUGUAUACAGACUAACGGACUAGGAUAACUUGGGGUACGAGGGUCCACGCUCUUGAGAAGGCGCAGCGGCAACGCGCGCUUCGGAAUUUCAGGCAGGUCUGUUCAACAAGCAGCAACCACGCGUACACGUGCCGCAAAUUGUAUUAUGACGUUUGUCCGGUCAUCGCGAGGGCGAAACCCUUCACGUUUAAAAGACUAUAUAUUGGAUUACCUACAUUUAGGAAGUUUAUUUAUUAGGAGAGGCGUUUUUUUUAUCUUCCUUGUAUACUAGAGCGUACAACUUUCCCGCCUUGAGCUGUAAUGCGCAUCUUCGCGAACCGCAGAAUGUUCUGCGGCUCACCGGGGCUCUCUGUGUUAUCCUUUCACUGUCGUAAUUUUUUUUGUAUUUUUACCAUUACAUAAACGCGCCAAUGUCAAACCGGUUUGCUUAACAGUUGGUUUUUGUUUGAUAUAUACGAAUGACAAACACAGUGGCGCUGUGAAGCACUCGGGAACACACACAGUGAAAGCGCGCGAGACGUUUUGGUUUAGCUUUCAGCAGCCCUGUAGUCUCAUUAGGGUGGCGCUGCAGGAGAUGGUGUUAAUUUUCACUCUAUAGAGUUGAAAGUAUGAAGGUGCGAAUACAGGCAUGCCAUGAGAAAAGACGAGGGGCCAGCGCUAACUAUUGCAGUGCUUAUUUUAUGACGUCCUACAUAUGCCUAUACGCAGCUGAUCCAGUCCCAAAGGGAAGGAAACGAUGAAGAUGAUGACACUUAAAACGCUGUGGCAUAGCUUUGCACGCCUCUAGAAAUGGAAACUCCGCCGCAUGCAAAAGAAGGUGACCGGUCGCGCUAUCCCCAUUACCUUUUAUUCGGAUCUAUUCCACUUGGAGCCAAAUAAAAUGUUAUCGCUCUGAAAGCUUAUUCCGUUUGGACGCGUAAGAUCCAGAGGUGCGUACGUUCACGUUGUCCGCUUCGCAGAAGUCCCAUGUUGGAGAUCUGAAAUUAGACACUAGCGCACACAGCCUUUCAUUCCCGUCUACAAAUUUCCCGAUACGACACUGCAUUUUUGAAGGAAUCACGAUAACAGCAAUGUCUGCCAUGCGGUGACACCAUAUCCCUCGAGGCCAGAUAUUACGCGCUCUCGGUAAUGUCUGAACCUCGGCGCAUGUUCUCGACUCCUGGACCUCGGCGCAUGUUCCUGACACCCGCG